ACAUGAUAUGUAUUACAAUUUGUAUGUGGUAUGAAUUGAAAUUCGUACAAAUUGUUACAAUUUGCAAAACGUAUGAUAUGUUACGAAUUCUAAAUGGUUGUCGCUAAUGUUAGCUAGGUGGCUAAUGCUAACAUUAGCUAUGCUAGGGGUUAGGAGUUAAGGUUAGGGUUAAGAAUUAGAUUCAGGGUUUAAGGUUUAGGGGAAGGGUUAGCUAACAUACUAAGCUAUGCAAAGUAGCUCAAAAGUAGUAAGUAGUCGCUAGUUUACUAAUUAGCUAAAAUGCUAAAGUUGUCCGUGAUGAGAUUCAAACACACAAUUUUUGGGUUGCAAGUUAUAUGCCCAACCAACCACCCUACUUUCGUUUUUGCCUUAUUAAGUACCCUUCUGUCUUGUGUAACCAUCCCAAACAUAACAUAUACUAAUGUGAGUGUAAUGGAUUUACGUUUACUUUGUUAAGUCUAGUCUAUGAGACCAGGCUGACAAGACUGUUUCUGAUUAAGUCAGAGGUCUAGGUCAUGUAUGGCACUAAAUUAAAUCUGCAUACAUGGUCUACUUACUAAGGAAAAGUGCAAAUGUAGAAGGUUUCCAAGCAAGACACACUUUCCAAAGAAAUGUCUCUUCUUCUUUACACCAUUCAUGUGUGUUACAUUUGUUUCCUCCUUCAAUAUCAGCUGAGGCGAAAGAAGGAGGUGUGUUUCUCUGAGUCCCGAGCAAAGAAUUCCCUCACUCACUCCAUGAUAUCUUGUAUAUUAGAAACGUCGGCGUACAAGGCGGUCACCAUACAUUCAUUUCACCGUGCUCGUAUGAGUGUGUAAGAGAUUGUACUUCUCCACACAGACAUUUACCUGGAGUCGGUUCUUUCGCGCGGAAAAGUAACACUCCGAUGGAGCUCUGUGGGUCGAAGUUUCUUCUAUGUAAAGAACUCCUGAAGGAAGAUAACGGAACGACAUUGAGAAAGGAGGAAGACACGUUAUUGAUCUCUUAUUACCGGUGCUUUUUUGGUUCACUUUCGAAGUUUUAAGGACCAGCUGCAAUGGAAAUGAUUUGCGUAUGUCUCCUGCCACUCUGGACCGUUGUACAAACUCUCAAGAAAGAAUGAAGUAACCGCUAUGGAGCCGGACAAUGCCCUGUACUCCAAACUCAAAACAGCUGGAGUUGGGGGGAGAACUCUGAUACUCUGGACUAUUCUCUAUUGUACCUGUUUCCUGGGGCUAGCUCAAGCACACCCUGAAGAUGUGGAUGUCUUACAGCAGCUGGGGCUCACAGGGACAAGGAGCGGAGGGGGUUCAUCGUCCUCAGGGGCCCGUGCUGCUCCCCAGGGGGUCAUCCCCUUUAAGUCUGGAGUCAUCCUCACCCAGCGGGCCCGGGUCCAGGCCCCCCUGUCUUCCAUCCUCCCCAUUGCCUCCUAUCCCACCACCAACCUCUCUCUGAUCCUCAGCCUGAGCUCCCACCGCAUCAACAGCGCCUUCCUCUUCACCGUCCUGUCCAAGAGGAAGAGACUGCAGCUGGGGGUCCAGUUCAUCCCGGGGAAGGUCCUGGUCUACGUUGGCCAGAAGGACUUUGUCCAUUUUGACUAUGACGUUCACAACGGCCUGUGGCACAGCCUGGCCCUGGACAUCCGAGGCCAGAGGGUCUCGUUAUAUACUUCUUGUGGGAAGACUAGUGUACAUGCAGAUCUGCAUUCUAAAAAAGAAGAGGCCCUGGAUCCCGAGGGCUCUUUCCUCUUGGGUAAGAUGGCCCAGAACUCAGUGCAGUUUGAGGGUGCCAUUUGCCAGUUUGAUAUUUACCCCUCUGCCAAGGCAGCUCAUAACUAUUGUAAGUACAUAAAGAAACACUGCAGGGAGGCCGACACCUACAGGCCUGUAUAUCUCCCACCCCUGCUACCUCUGAUCCCCUCAAACCCAAACUUUACUGUCACCCUCAACACUCCUCUGCUGUCGACUGAGGUAACCAGGAAAGUCCAGAGUCCUAGUCUGGUCUUGACUGGGGACAGAACCCGGACUAAGCUUGUUAUCCCGACCAGCCGCCCCACAGUGGCGCCAACCCUCUCUGUGCGUGAGAGUUUUGUCACACCAAAGUCUGGAACUAUGUCCCUGUCCCUUCCUGCGACUGUCGCCCCGACAAUGGCCAGGUCACGAUUAGAGCACCCCUUAAUGGCCAAGACUCACACUGUUACUGUACCCCUCAGGACCAGCGAAACACAAACAUCCCCAAAGCCAACAUCCCGUGGCGACAGCAGUACUAAAAAGAGCAUGGCGGUGGAACCUGGUGUUAAAACCCCAAAGCCCAUAGGGAGCAGAUUGGCUGCUGCACCAACCCCUUCUGCCACCACCCGGCCACUAAAGAGGAAGCCAGACCUCCAAACCACGGCAGCAUCCAAACAAGGCUCUUCUUCAAACUCAAACACCUCCAUCCUCUACAUCCAGAGAAAGCAGCUGACCGUGCUGGCUGCAAAGAAACCUGAGCCCAGAGUGACCCGUGUGGAGGCUGUCAGACCCACCUUGUUUAUCUCUGUCACUCCGCCUGCCACAGAUGGCUUCCAAACCUGGGACCUGGAACCGACCCAGUUCUCACUGCUGGCUGGGCCGGGACCACCUGGACUAAAGGGAGAACCAGGACCAGCGGGACUUCAAGGACCUCCUGGGAAACCAGGGAUGCCAGGGAAGAGUGGGUCACGGGGUCCUCCUGGUCCCCAUGGAAACCCUGGUCGCCCGGGACCCCCUGGACUCAAGGGACGAAAAGGAGACCCUGGCCUUUCACCUGGCAGAGCACCAAAAGGAGAAAGAGGAGACCGUGGUGCUUCAGGACCCCCUGGACUGACUGGUCAAGUUAGCAGAAAGGGACAGAAAGGACACCCUGGUCCCCCCGGUCAACCAGGAGAUUCUGGUGAGCAAGGAGCACACGGAAGCCCAGGGGCCAAAGGUUAUCCUGGCAGGCAGGGUUUACCUGGACCUGUUGGAAUUAUGGGGCCUAAAGGAGUCCGGGGUUUCAUAGGAAUCGCAGGGCUUUUUGGCCUUCCUGGACCUGAUGGUGAGAGAGGUAUUCCUGGUGAUCGUGGCAAGAAGGGCAAGAUGGGUAGGCCGGGGUUUCCCGGGGACUUUGGCGAGCGGGGACCACCAGGACCAGACGGAAACCCAGGCGAGCUGGGAGCCCCUGGUCCUAAUGGAGUGCCCGGGCUCAUUGGAGACAUGGGUCCUUUAGGGAUGAUGGGUUUGCCAGGACCAUGUGGACUCAAGGGGGUACCAGGAAAUCCAGGAGAACCAGGACUGAAAGGUGAUAAGGGUGAAGUUGGUCUUCCAGGGGAGCAAGGAGAGAAUGGAUUCCAAGGUGACAAGGGUAUCCAGGGUUCACCUGGGUUGCUAGGUGUUCAAGGGAAACCAGGGCAACAGGGGGUGACCGGUGACCAAGGACCUGAUGGUAUACCUGGCCCUCCUGGCCAAGAGGGUUUCCCAGGAGACAUCGGCCCACCAGGUCACAACGGCCCUGAAGGCCCAAAGGGGAAGCCAGGGAACAGAGGAUUACCAGGGCCUAGAGGAACAGCUGGACUAGAGGGCGAUGAGGGGCCACUGGGACCACCUGGGUCAACAGGACCAGAGACCUGGAAGGCAUGGAUUCCCGGGGAAACAGGAACCGAAGGAUUGAAGGGUGAGACGGGAAUAACUGGAGAGGUCGGAAAGCUUGGAGAGAGGGGACUUGUGGGUUUUAUCGGGCCUAAUGGGGAGACAGGCCUAGCAGGAGAAAAGGGGGACCGUGGGGAGAUGGGCUUGCCUGGACCGCCAGGGGAAAAGGGGGCGAUGGGUCAUCCCGGAACUCCUGGAGAGUGUGGCCCCUCUGGACCUCUAGGGAUACCAGGCCAAGCCGGAUCAAGGGGUCUCGGUGGGAUCAGAGGAAUCAAAGGCAGGAGGGGUCCGAGGGGUCCUGAUGGUCCCGCUGGGGAGAAGGGGUCAGUUGGCGGAAAGGGUCCUGAUGGUCCACCAGGAAAAUGUGGCUUCCCAGGGGAGAUGGGAAAUAUUGGGGAGCCUGGGGAAGCUGGGCCUAAAGGAUUUCCAGGUCGCCAAGGACUCUCAGGACCUCCAGGUGCCAAAGGAAUAGCAGGAGAGCUGGGACCAACUGGGCCACCAGGAACAAUGGGUCCCCUGGGACAGAUGGGCCUCAAGGGUCCCCCUGGAAAGGUUGGGGAGUGGGGAUUGCCAGGAGAACCCGGAGAGAAGGGUGCCCUUGGACCAGUGGGAAACCUCGGAGAGCAGGGCCUCAUCGGCCAGAGGGGUGAGAUGGGAAUCGAUGGGGAGGCUGGACAGAGUGGACCAGAUGGACCUAAGGGCGAGAAGGGUGACAUGGGACCGGAGGGGGGUAAAGGAGAGAGGGGUGAGAUCGGACUGAAAGGAAAGGAAGGGUCUCCUGGACCUCCUGGCUUAGUGGGCUUGAGGGGUCAGGAGGGUAAACCUGGCAAGUUUGGUGAAAGAGGAAAACCAGGGGAGAAGGGCAGCAAGGGUCAUAUGGGUCACCUGGGAGAGACUGGGCCAAUUGGUGAACAAGGAGAGGCAGGAUUUGUCGGGCCAAAAGGAUCGAGAGGAACCAUUGGACCAGUGGGUUCCCCGGGUAGAAUGGGCCAACAAGGCGAACCAGGCAUGCCAGGAUAUGAGGGCCACACAGGACGACAGGGCACACUGGGACCUCCUGGACCAAAAGGUGAAAAGGGGGAACAGGGGGAAGACAGUAAGGUGGAAGGCCCUCCUGGUCCACAAGGUGACAGAGGUCCUACUGGAGACAGGGGAGUCCGAGGAGAACCAGGUGACCCCGGAUACUUAGGCCAGGAAGGAGUGGAUGGAGAAAGAGGCAAGGCUGGAGCAACUGGACUACCUGGACAUCCUGGAUCAAGGGGCAUACAGGGGCCAAAAGGAUCCAAAGGUGAUCAAGGUCAGAAAGGCAAAUGGGGGAAGCGAGGUGAAUCUGGGACCAAAGGACCACUGGGUCCAGAGGGUCAUACUGGCCCAAAGGGAGUUGUGGGCAGAGAAGGCCUUGAGGGCCAGCCUGGAAUGGACGGCCAUCCUGGGAAAGACGGAGACAAAGGAGUAAAGGGUGAGCAAGGGGACGACGGAGAGUUUGGUAUUAUCGGCAAAGCUGGAAACCACGGUAAAACGGGCGUGUCAGGGCUUCCAGGCGAUCAGGGCCUCUUUGGAUCGAAGGGUGAGAGGGGUCUCCCAGGCCAAACUGGACCUUUAGGGAAAAGAGGCCACAUUGGUGGAAUGGGGUUGCCAGGGAAACAGGGUCACCAGGGGCCCAAAGGACAGCCUGGUGACACAGGUGAAUCAGGGUACCCAGGGGUUCUCGGAAUGUUUGGACCAAAGGGACCUCCAGGAGAUCUCGGCCCAGCCGGGAUACAAGGACCAAAAGGGCCACAUGGAUUGAUGGGCAAUGUUGGUGCCAUAGGUCCAGUUGGUAUCAUCGGACCCAGUGGUAGUCCAGGACCCCAUGGUGACAAAGGGAGUCGAGGGGAGACGGGGGUGCAAGGACCAAGGGGCCUUCCUGGUCCACGUGGACCACCCGGGCCCCCAGGUCUUCCUGGUUCUCUGACAUUUAGAAAGGAGGCUAUUGGAGCUGCUUUCCAAGUCAUUAUUGAUUCGCAUGCUGCACUGAGGUCAGAGAGUUACCAUGUCAUGGACCUGCCCAUGUUGGACCACCAGGGUACAGAGAUCUUCAAGACCCUCCACUACCUCAGCACACUGAUCCAGAGCCUGAAGAACCCGCUAGGCACCCACGACAACCCAGCACGCAUCUGCCGAGACCUCAAGGACUGUGAACAGAGGAUGAACGAUGGCACUUACUGGGUCGACCCAAAUCUCGGCUGCUCGGCUGACACAAUCGAAGUGACGUGUAACUUCAGCAGCGGCGGCCAGACCUGUCUGAAACCCAUCACAGUAUCCAAGCUGGAGAUUGGUGUAGGUCGCAUCCAAAUUAACUUCCUCCACCUCCUGAGCUCUGAGGCAGUGCAACACGUCACCAUCCACUGCCUGAACGUCCCUGUGUGGGCCAACAGUUCCUCCCUGGAGCCCUCCCCCACCGCUGUGCGCUUCAAGGCUUGGAGUGGAGACAUGAUCCAGGCUGGAGGACUCUUAGAGCCCCACGUUGUGAGGGAUGACUGCUGGAUCAAAGAUGGCCGCUGGCACCAGACCCAUUUCAUCUUCCAGACCCAGGACCCCAACUUACUCCCCAUCCUGAAUGUGUAUAACCUACCAGCCACAGAGCCUGGCUCACACUACCACCUAGAGGUGGGCCCUGUGUGCUUCCUAUAGAGGCCUGUUGUUAUAGAAGCCCAAAAUACAUUACAUACACAGCCUCCUCAUAGGAGUGACUUAAGGGGGAUGGUGGAGGUUAGGAGGGGCUCCCUGUCCCCAUAUACUGGGGCUCAUCAGGAGAUGCAGGGCAGGUCAGGUCCCUUACCCUGCAGCAUAUGCUCGGACUGCAGAAACAGAAAGGGGGCACCAUUGAGGGACUGACCAGGAGAAACUGCAGAGAUACAAUG